AUGAUGCAGCAGAUCCUGAGGGACAUGUUCAUCGAGCCGGAUCUGUUGGCAGAACUCAACGAGGAACAGAAGCACAUCCUGUUCUACAAGAUCCGGGAGGAGCAGGUCCGGCGCUGGACGGAGCGGGAGAGCCAGAGCGCGGUUCCGCCGGGCCCGCGGGGAGGUGGUGGGAAAGGGGUCCAGUGGCUGCUGGGCAGUGACGGGGACGUGUGGGUGUGGGUGAUGGGCGAAGCUGCUGGAGACACGCCCUACGAGGAGAUUGUGACGGAGCUGAUGGAGGAGAGGGCCAGGAAACAGGCCCAGCAGGAGGCCCGGGAACUGUGGAAAGCGAAGGAGGCGGAAAUAGAGAGGAAGUUCCGGGAUGCAAUCGCCAAGGAGAAAGCCCGCUUCGUGGCAGGAAAAUGGAGGGAAGAGACAGAGGACAGGAAGGCAGCCAAACAAGAGGAAGAAGGCAUCCAAGCGGAGCUAAAGAAGUGGGAGGUGGAGGAGAGGCAGAGAGAGGAAAAAGAGAUCAGACGCAGGGAGGAGUGCAGAGCCAAGGAGCUGUACCUCUCCCUGAGAGAGGAGGAGAAGAGCGACGAGCAGGAGGACAAGGAGUGGCAGGAGCAGCUGCGCCGCUCCAAGGCUGCGGACGAGGAGAAGCAGCGGAAGGCCCGCUGGGCGCGGGACGAGUACAGGCGCCAGUCCCUGCGGGCCGUGGAGAAGGGGCGGGGCGCCGGGCUCGGCGAGCCCUUCCAGAAGAUGCAGGGCAACGGGCCGGGCCAGAACCGGAGACACAGCGAUGUCAUCGCUGCUCCCCCCGCUGGAUCCGCCCAGGCUCACCACCACAGGGGCCUGCAGCCAGCCGCCCCCCCACUUUACCGCCGCCGUCACAAUCGCAGGCACAGCAGUGUAGGAGUGCUGCCCCCUACAGACAGCCCAGCCUGGGUGAGACCAGCCCGACCCAGCUCACGCGAGUCCAUUCUACUGUGGUUCCGAGAAGAACAGAGACCCAAACGGGCCGGGUACGAGCGCAACAGCAGCAGCAUCGCCCCCUGGUUCCACGGCAUAAUCUCUCGCCAGGACUCGGAGGCCCUGUUGAUGAACGCUGAAGAGGGCUGUUUCUUGGUGAGGGUGAGCGAGCGCAUUUGGGGGUACACUCUGUCCUACCGCACGGCCGGCGGAUUCAAACACUUCCUCAUCGACGCCUCGGGGGACUACUACAGCUUUCUGGGCGUGGACCAGAGCCGCCAUGCCACACUGGCCGACCUCAUUGAUUUCCACAAGGAGGAGGUGAUCACCACGUCAGGAGGAGAGCUCCUGCAGGAGGCUUGUAGGAAGAAGGGCUCCUCUCCAGACUACGGGGGCCUCUUUUAG